UUCCAUUAAGUGGUUGGAGAGCACACCUGAUGCCGAAGUGGAUGAUUUGAAGGAGAAGAAGAAAGAACUAGAGGAGGUGGUCAGGCCGAUCAUGACCAAACUGUACGAAUCGUCUGGAGGCGCACCACCACCAACAGAGGAUGAAAGUGAUUCUGAGAAGGAUGAAUUGUGA